AACAUUGACCCGCCUUUCAAAAAAAGCCAAGAUGCAGAGCGCAGAGCGCACAGAGGCUGUGAAACCCUCUCCUGUGUGAGUCACUUCACAAAAACAAUGAAGGACAUAUUUCUGCUGCUGCUGCUGGUGCUGCUCAGUGCCCAACCUGUCAAGGUCUCCUCCCAGCCCUAUCACGUCGGCCCAGAGGGAAGGUGUCGCGAUGAAGCGAAGGAAUAUAAGGUUGCUGGUUCCAAUCUGUGCUGUAAGAGGUGCCCUCCUGGGCGGUCGCUGAAGCAGGAAUGCUCUGAAACUGCUGACAGUCACUGCGCGGAGUGCGCCAACUUGCUGUACAUAGAAACCUGGAACUACAACGGAAACUGCUUCCCCUGCGCCAAAUGCAAAGAAAACAAAGGCCUUCAGUAUGCCCAGACUUGCUCCUCUAACAGAAAUGCCAAGUGUGUAUGUCAGCCUGGGAUGUACUGCAUCACUCAAUUUGAUAACCCAUACUGCAAAGAGUGUGUCAGGUACAGAACAUGCAAAGCUGGAUUUGGAGUCUCCAAACCAGGUUCGUCGAACUCAGACGUGAGAUGUGAGCAAUGCCCCGACGGGACGUUUUCAGACACCGAAUCCAGCACAGACCGCUGUCGGCCUCACACAGACUGCAGAGGGAGUCCUGUUGUCAGGCAAGGCGAUGCCACUUCAGACACGGUGUGUGAACAUCAUCAGACCACAGAGCUGACGUCUACCGCCGUGCACACAACUGCAAGUACGACGAUGACGACGAGCGCGGUCGAGGCAAGCUCAGCCCCGGCGGCUCCAAGCACAGUGCGAGGCACCACGCAGCUUUUCACGCCUUUGGUUUUAAAGGAAGUGCGAAAGCUUUCUACAGAAAGCCCUCCACUAACCACAGAGCCUGCCGCCAAACUAGUUGCAGCCAUCACUGGAGUGUCUGGAGUCGUCGUCCUCCUCGUCAUUCUCAUGCUGCUGUUUCUCUGCAAGCGAGUCCGGAGGAGAGCUUCCCAUGGUUCCUUUUUUCUAGACUCGGCAAGAUUACAACCCAAAGUAGAUGCAAAUGGAAACUGUCAGAGCGGUGAUAAAAUCGGUUCCAUUCAUUUGGGGGAAUCUCAGCUGACGACGUUCACGGCUGCCUCACCAGAGCAGCAGUGCCUGCUGGAAAAAGGGACGCUGCCCUGCAGUGAGCGCAGUCAGAGCAGCACCUCCACUGAAACCUCGACCGGGACUGACUGCCACAACAGCCACGAGUCCAUCUGCGCUUCACAGGCCACCUUAGCUCUUGACCCCCAUCACUUGUGCCUGUCAGAACCCAUGACUUUACUGUCUGACUCAGAGCCAGGCGCUGCCCAGGCCAGCGUCUGCUCACAGUCGUCCUCUCAGCCCACCAGUCCGCAGAUCAUUAGCCCCAUCACGCCCGGCCCCCACGUCAACGUCAACAUCACUCUGAACAUCGGAAACGGGUCGUGUCUGCUCGCAGGCCUGAAACCGGAGGACUGUGAUCUCCCCUUCGGAGAGGAAGAGGAGUGUGUCAACACGCCACAGCAAGAAGGAGGCAAAGAGUCGUUAACGCCUGUGCACGAGAGCGACAGCUACUGUACAUGAGGACUCUUCUGCACCACAGACUGAAGUUUUCAUCCGUCGUGAUGGAAAACACAAGCAAUGCACCUGCAGCUGAACUCCGCCACGCUCCUGUCAGGACAAGGCAUCAGGUUUAAGCAUGCAUUUUCUGCAUGCGCAUCAUGUAAAUAAUGAAAUAUGUAAAUAAUGUUUUAUUUUUGAUGAUUUGUGAUGAAAUGCAAAUAAAAAUGCUUAUAA